UAAAUAUUUUUCUAUUGCAGAGCGAUUUCGAUACGUGACGUAAUAUUGUGCUUUUCGAACGCGAGCAGUGGUUGUCACGGUUGUGUUGCUAGUUGCACGGCGGUCAUCAAUUGGGGAAACCGUUAUUUAAAAUGGAUCUCGAAGUCGACGGCGAAACACGAAUUUUUAAUGAGGAACGCAACGACAGUCGAGUCACGAGAGGUUCCGAGAAUUCGCACGGGAUAUAAGAGAGACCAUAACCUAUGAGGCCAACUGCACUUGUGCGCGUUCACGCAGAUAUUUCGGGCUGGACAGUGGCAAGGGUAUCGCUCGAUCAAAAUGUUGGAGGGACUCGUCGCGUGGGUGCUGAACAACUACCUCGGCAAAUACGUGGAGAAUCUCAACACGGAUCAGCUGAGCAUCGCCUUGUUGUCGGGGGAAGUUGAACUAGAGAACUUACCCCUGAAACGCGAGGCUCUGCGUCACAUUGGGCUGCCGAUGGAAAUCAAGGCAGGGUUCAUCGGUAAAGUCAGAUUGCAAGUACCGGUCAGGCAAAUAAGGACCGCGUCGUGGGUGAUAGGUAUAGAGCAGCUCUAUUUAGUGGCGGGACCAAUUAAUUUGGACGAGUAUGACAACGAGGCGGAGGAGCAAGCAAUAUUAGAAUAUAAACUCAGUCGGCUAGAUGCUUUGGAGGCCAGAUGGAGAGCCGAUAUAGAGCACGAUCCUGGUUAUUAUGCUUCGAGUUACAGUUCCUGGCUGAAUUAUGGCACGUCUCUAGUAACAAAUAUCAUCGAAAAUUUACAGUUGAAUAUUAAAGAUGUUCAUAUUAGAUAUGAAGAUGGUAUUACACUACCAGAAGAUAAUGGCAUUGCAUUUGGCAUUACAAUUGGAGCGUUAACUACUCAAAGUUGCGAUGCCAGCUGGAUACCUAGUUCCACAUCUUGGAAUCUUACGGAUGCGUCGUUUAAAUUAAUGGAACUCGAUAGUCUUUCAGUUUAUUGGAAUCAUGUGAAAAAAAAAGAACUGUUCGGUGGUCUUAAUCUAGGCGAUCUAGCUAUUGCCAUGAGUAAAAACAAGAUUCAUCGGCACAUCUUAUCGCCUGUGAAUGCAAGAGCGCACAUUAAGAGGGAUCGAACUGAACGUCCAUUGAGGUCUAUUAAUAAACCGCGUAUUGUAGUAGAUUUGCUCUUGGAUGAAGUACCAUUAUUUAUAACAGAUCUUCAAUAUGAAGAGAUGGUCAUGUGUAUCAAAGAGCUUGACCGUAUAGAUCGUCGUAAACAACAGUGGCGUUGUAGGCCAGUAAUCCCCGUUAAAGAAGCUCGUAAAGAAUGGUGGAAGUAUGCCGCUAGGUGCCAUCUCGGUAGAGAUACGCUCAAACCGAGACCAUCCUGGAAACAUGUACAUCUCAGAGCCAAGGAGAACGUUUCUUACGUUCAAGCGUACACCAAAUUGUUAGGCUCACCUACAUCGAUCUUACCUCCGGAAGUUAAAGCGUUGAAAGAAAAGGUCGAGAACGAGCGGAAUUUCGACGAGCUUCGGGUGUUGAGGGAACUGGCUAUGGAGAACGUGAAACCUGCAAAGUCGCAACAAGAACCUAAUAUGAAUGUGCCACAGGGACGCGGCAUGCUCGAGCAAUGGUUUCCACAGUGGUGGGGCUGGUACUCGAAGACACCUCACAGCAAUAACGGAGCGCAAAACGGGAGUAGCUCGACCACUUUCGACGGGGAACUGCUGGACGUUUUGGCGGACACCGUGAACGAUGACACUCUGCUGCGUCGCGACGCAGUGUUCGGACAGUUUAAUUUCGCGCUGGUGCAAGGCGCGGUGUCGUUGUGCACCGCGAAAGACGGGAGCAACGGCAGAAAGACUGUGAUAGAGUUGAAGUUCGAAAGAGUGAACCUGAGUUACGAGUCGCGACCCAGAUCCGGCUCGCACAAGUUCUCGAUCAGUUUGGGCGCGUUGUACCUGCACGAUUUUCUCACGGAGAACUCCACGUUUCCUAUUCUGGUGCAGCCCCAAGUCGCGUCCAACGGCGUGUCCUCGCGCGUUCGCAACUCCUCGGAGAAACUGACGAAGACGCCGCAUCAUUUGUUCGAGCUGAUUUACGAGAAGAGACCGCAGCAUAUUAAUGUGGAUCAUUUGUUGCACAUGUACUCGCAGUCUUUAGACGUUGUAUACAAUCCGACUGUGAUAUAUUGGUUGAUAGAUUUUGUAUGCAAACCGCAUCGAUCGGUGUCGUCGAAUCAGCGGUUCCAGGCGAUGAAGCGUCGCACGAGGAGGCAGUUGAUCAAAAACUGGGAACAGAUCUUGGACGGCGACUUCGUAUACCGUUCGUCCUGGGACCUGCAGUUUAAGAUCUCUGCGCCACAGAUCUUACUGGUGGAGAGCUUCGUCGACUCCAAUGCGGCCGUGGUGAUGGUCGAUUUCGGCAAGUUACAUUUAUCGAAUAAUGGAAAUCUGAAUCAGAUAAUACUGAAAACAGAACCGAUCAACAGUGACGACGACGACGACGACGAGAGAUUCGAGACACCUUGCUCCACUCCACCCGGAAGUCAGGAGAACGGUUCCCUACAUGAUUUUCAGGGCCUGUCUGAGACGGAGUUACACAAGAAAUUGUACGAUCAGUACGCCAUUGAUUUAGUAGACCUGCAGAUUUUAGUGGGUAAGACAAAGGAUAACUGGAAGCACGUUCGCACGAGAGGCAUGUCGAGCUUGCAUUUUCUCGAACGUUUCAACAUAUCGUUGCAAGUCGAACGACGUGUCUUCACUACUUCGGAUCCUAAUUUCCCAUCGGUCACGGUAUCCGGUAAUCUACCGAGACUGGUUGUGCACGUAAACGAGCAAAAAGUCGGUGCAAUACGCCUAAUUUAUAACUUACUGUCGAGCUUCUCCAAUUCAGCCGGUAUCCCGCAGACGGAAGCAGUUAACAUAGAGCCGAAAAGUCCUAGGAAGGAGGAAAAUCUGGAUCGUUCUUUAAGCCAUGCGGUGAUGGUGCAGUUUAUCAUCGAUCAGAUGGCCUUUGAAUUGCAGUCUAGGGGUCGCAGCGUGGCGGAGCUGCAAGUGUCCGGCGUUCGGGCAGCCCUCAGCAAACGAAUGGCAGAUUUGAGCGUCUCCCUCUCCGUCCACGGUCUGCUCUUGGUCGACGCUCUUCAGGAAUUCGGGCCCGAUUUCGAACUGCUGGUGGCCAGCCACAAGCACGUCGGCAUGGACAGCGUUUCCGGCAGGUUAAGGGAUUCGGAGCCGACGUCGCCUAUCUCGCCAGAAUCGCCCGAGUCGCCAGACUCCACGAGACCGCCGCGAUUGACUUCGCCCGUCGCCUUGACCAAUGCCCUGUCCACUUUAGCGAGCAAAACCAAGACGCUGCAUUCACCCAAGAAUAAUUCGGCGGUUGGCCUAGAAAAAUUGGAUUCAGAAGCGCUGAUCGUCGUGGAGUUGACGCUGGUAGACGACCCUACGGAAAAUCUGAGAAUGGCAAAUAUACAAUUUAAUAAUCUGGAUAUCAUCGCCAAUCAGGAAACGAUAGUGGAGCUGCUAGGUUUCUUUCAGAGACUCUUGCCACUGCAGAAAUCGCGACCGGCGUAUGUCGCGAGCCGAGACGAUUCUUUGUCCAGUCAAAGUACAGAAGUGAAGUCGAUGUCAACGAGAACCGAGAUCACCUUUGACUUUCAUCGCUUGAACGUGCUACUUCUGCGCGCGGUCGUGCAAGACAAUCACUUGGUGGGGCAGAAAAUCGCCACGGCGACCAUGUCGGAUGCGCGUAUACAGGCGACAUUGGCCGCGAACACGUCAAUCUCGGGCUCCCUCGGCGGAGUACAGGUUCUCGAUCAAACGCUAACCGGGAAGACUCAUCAACGGAUAAUCAGCGUGGGUAGGGAUCCUCUGGCGGAUCCGCCGCAACAUCCGCUCGAGCACUUCAGUAAUCUGUCUGACCAGCCAGAGGCGUUCAGAUUCGUGGCCAAUCGCAGCACCAGGCAAGCCAGCGACGAGGACUGCGUGGAAAUCGAUCUCGAUCUCACGAUACGCGUGGCCAGCGUGUGGUACACUCAUGCGCCGCAUCUGAUAUCGGAAUUGCGGUCGUGUGCCGACGAGUUCAAGCAAUACCUGAGCAACUUUGCGCGGCAAAUCAGCGCCGCAGCCACCGAUAUGGCGAUCGGUCUGGUGAACGCGGACGAUUGGACUAUCCCUCCGCGUAAACGGUUGCCGAGCGUCUCGGUUGAUCUAGAUAACGCGAACGCGCUUUCGCUGCGAUUAGACGUGCUGCUGGAAAGCCCGGUACUCGUGAUACCGCGUUCCUCGCAUAGCAGGCAAGUAUUCGUUGCUCAUCUGGGUACAAUGUCGCUGCGACACGAACCCCACUUGGGAUCCAUGGCGAAGCACAAGGUCACGCUGGAGGUGCGCGACAUGAAUCUGUAUUCCCUCGAGGUGUCCGCCAACAUUGGGCAGUCGCAAAGUAAUCUGCCGAGAGCCGAGGAGAUGUACUCGUGCAAGGAGUUCGGCAAACCGAUACUGCACGACACAACGCUGAAGAUUCUGGUGGAGAAGCAAAACACCUUGACGCAGAGUACGAGCUUCCUGCUCGAUGCCGGCGAAUUUACGAACAACAGUCCAAUCGUGCAGGUGCACGGCGCCGUGAUAACGCCGUUGAAGGUGUCGCUGUCGCGCGGCCAAUACGAACAGUUACUCGACACCACUCACCGAUUGUUCUCCAUGCCUGCCGUGACUGCCACGGCCGCGGUAUCGGAAUACGACGAUCUCGACGGGAUGUCCGACUACUCGGACAAGCUCGAUCUCUGCGUGAAAGUCUCGUUCGAGCUGCCGAUCCUCAGCGUGGAACUGAAGCAGGCGCACUCCGAGCAGCCGCUGGUGGAGCUGUCGAUGCGCGACUUCAUCGUCAAGUAUGACAAAUUACAUCGAAACGAGUCCAGCGUGCAGGUCGCACUGCGCUCUCUGCUGAUGGAAGAUCUUCUCUGCCCGGUCGGCUCGCGGCAUCGUUGCAUGAUGCAAUCGUCGGCGCCCGCGCGCGCGAAACUGCCUACGGGCGCUUCGAAAUCGUGUCCGGAUCUCGCGUUCGCGCGACAAUACAAAAACGCCUUCGGACGUGGCAGUCUGCCAGACCGGUUGGAGACCUACACUCUGUACGACGCGAUACCGGCGCACUGGCGCAGGAAGCCGGCGAUCUCGUCGGCCGACACGCCGACCACGCCACCGCCGUCGCCAGGCGGUAUCACCAGUGAAGAGAACUUGGUGCUAAUGAGCAUCACCAUGACGCGUCCCGAGGAGAACGGCCGCAUCGCACCGGAAGAUCGGUACCAUCGCAAAAUGGUAACCGUGGACUUCAAUUGCCUGGACUUAGUGAUAAGCGUGGAGUCGUGGAUGGUGGUGUUUGACUUCUUUGGAAUUGCAGGCCUGUCCGGGGCGGCGGAUGACGAAGUCGCCGCGCAUCGAGCCACGCCGGACAGCGACAGCACCGGCGUGAGCAAGGUAGACGACAAUUUACCGGUGAGGUCGGAAACGGAGAUAGAAGUGAGAUCGUUGACGCUGGUGCUGACGCAGCUGGAGCGCGAGAUAGCUAAGGCGAAUGUGUCCAACGCCAGUAUGCAUAUCCUUAAGACGGUGGACGGCAAGACCAAGGUAUCAGGAUCGUUGGGCUCGAUGUCGUUGCUGGAUCUGACGCCGCACGGCCGAUUCUACCGCGAGAGAUUCCUGUCGUCCGGCAGGAAGGCGCUCAACUUCCAGUACUCGAGCUACGCCGAUUGCGAGGAUCGACCACACGACGCGCGGCUCAAGCUAGAAAUGUCCGCCGUGCAUUACGUUCACACGCAGAGAUUCGUGGCGGAGUUGCAGGCUUUCUUCGGCCAUUUCUCGCAACUGUGGAGUAUCAUGCGGAAUCUGCGGGCCGGCGUCGGUGCUGUCAUCGAUAUGAACAAGCGUGGCACGCGACUGUCGUUGCAGCUGCACGCCGGCGCGCCGGUUAUAUUGCUACCAGUGAGUUCCAGGUCCGACGAAAUGAUUCUGCUGGAUCUCGGAGAGCUCACCGCGCACAACAGAUUCGACACCUCGUUAAUUGUUCCGGACUGUUUGCUGGACGUGAUGCUGCUCGAGCUGGUCAACAUGGACGUGUACGCGGCGCGACGGCUGAAAUGCGACUCGAGCUUGAACGAGGACGCGGACGCCUUGAUGGUGGGUGGUUUUCUCAUCAAGAAGAUGGGCUCCUCGUUGCUCACGGAAAAGUGUCAUCUGAAGCUGCGCGUCGAGCGGAAUCUCGACACUUACAUCAGCCGCGACAUCCCCGAUCUCAGCAUACAUGGUAUACUGUCGACGAUGGACUGUGCCCUGGAUCCAGAGCAGUACAUGCUGAUCCGCGGUCUCCUCUCGUACAACAUCGGCGAGAAUCUGGACGAUCUGCGCCUCCUCGUGCAAGAUUUAAAUCACACGGUGGAAUACGCGAUCCCGAGCGCGGACAAUCGCGCGAAGACGUGGACCCGAUCCUGCAUAACUCUCGAGCUGGUAAACGUGACAGUGAAACUGCAUCCGAGUCACAACAUUGCAGCGCUCGCGUGCAUCAACUUCAUCAAGUCCCGACUGACGCUGGACUCGCUGAGCGACGGUUCACAGGACAUCGAUCUGGUGUCGCAGGAGAUCCUCAUUACGGACACGCGUUUUCAGAACGAGCCGGUUGAUCGACAGUGCAACGUGUUCACGCGAAUCCUGCAGCCGCUGAGAGACACGACCGAGGCCGCGUCGCAGGAUCGCGUCCAGGCGGAGGUACAUCAUCGAAAGCGUAAAGCUUACUCGGCUACUACUAUUCUGCUGCACAGUAUGCGACUGACCGCCAUCCUGGACUGGUGGCAGGCCGUGCGAGACUUCCUGCUGUUGAACUCCCCGGAACCGGACCCUAUACCCGGCGCCGUGCACGUGUCAGUCGUCAAUCAGGAGGCCGAGAUCGUCGACACCGCCGCGGUCGCCGUGCCAUUUGAACUGAAAAUCAACAUCACGGACUCCGAGCUGGUCAUCGUCGAGGACACCGCGAUACUCGACACCAACGCCGUGAUUCUCAGGACCACCGCCGUCUUGUCGUACCGCUCGACGCCGCAGGAAGGCGAGAAGCCGCUCUCCUGCAAUCUCUCGCAUUGCGAGUUAUUCUCGUGUAUCCUGGGCCUGGAAAACGAGACCGCCCUAUCGAUCAUCGAUCCGGUCGGAGCGAGCCUGGAUCUGACUCAAGACAGAUGCUUGGAGAUUCAGCUGCAGCCGUUGUGCGUGAGACUGAGCUACCACGACGUGACCAUGUUCUCCAGGAUGCUGAGCUCUCUGCCUAAACAGACUUUAUGGGCGAAGCAAAGAUCGAGCGAGGUGAUGAUGGACAGCGGCCAGAUGGACAACCAGGUGUUGAAGCUAAUCACUUUAGGUUUCGCAGAGGCCGACUGCAGAAUUGCGUUGGACCAAUGUGAUGGCCAGCUGGACGAUGCCGCUUUAUGGCUGACACAGAACGCGGUGCCGAUAAGCGCCGGGGCGAUCGCAGCGAGCGACGAUUCGGUUUUUCAAGCUAUAGAAUUACAGGUGUCCUGCAUGCGGGUCUGUAUCAUCGACGAUUGUCGCGACGCAGACGUACCGCUCUUGGAGAUCACUCUGGCGGACUUUAACAUGCGGAAGAUGAAUCUUCAGCCCGGCUUACUGUCAGCCACUAUCGGCGUGGACUAUUACAAUCGAGUGCUGAGCGGCUGGGAACCAUUUAUCGAGCCUUGGCGAGCGACUAUCGAAUGGGAACAGAUAUUCACCAGUUCGUUUGAUCCGAAGAGACUGCACGUGUCUAUCAACUCCUAUGAUUCGGUGAACGUUAAUGUCACGCUGACGCUGGUGGAACUUGUGCAGCUGGUCAAACACAACUGGACGCAGGAUUACUAUCUGUCUAAUGGAAACACGAUCGUCACUAAAUCGGCGACAACGGGACAGGUGUAUCGACGUCGGUCGCCCUUCAUACCUUUCGCCCUGAAGAAUGACACUGGCUGUCGGCUUUGGUUUAAAACAUUCAUCGCCACUGCGGACGAGACGAUAGACGUCAGCAAAUCGACAUCUCAAGCGAAAAACAUCCUCGACAAAGAUAACACGUGGAUAGAGGUGAUUCCAGGAGACACAACGCCGUUCACGUUCGAGGGGAGAGGUAAAAUGAGGCAUCACGCGACGCAUAUUGUUAGGAGACAUCAGAUUGCGGUUCUGGUCGAAGGAUGGAAGCCGGUGGAUCCUGUGACCGUCGAUCGUGUGGGCAUUUAUUUUCGACAUGCGAAUGCUGAUAUUGCCGGAUUUCAGCCGAUCACACCGAGAGCUAGAGUCGUGUUUGCUGUGGAAUUGGAAGGAUCCGCCAGAAAAUUAGUUACUAUUAGAUCAGCUCUUCAGGUGUCCAACAAGCUAGCUCAUCCGAUCGAGAUUAAAAUGGAGAAAUCAUUAAACCAACUUGGAUACUUGUCGCUGACUUCAACCAGCACUGGAAGAAUUCUGCAAGUGCCAGCGCAAUCAGUGAUGUCUGUGCCUUUGACGCACACCGGGGUGCAGAUGUGCUUCAAACCGCUCAUCUCGAACUACCUGUUUCAAUAUUGCAUGGAAUCGGUGGACUGGACGAUAGUUAAGAAACCGUUGGAGGUAACGGAGAGCUAUGUCACUUGCCGGACUAAUCAGAACAAUAUAUUCAGGAUGUGCGUGGCUGUAAGACGAAACAAUUAUCCACCUGACGGUAUACAAGUGUUGCCGGCACACACGAUCGCUGUAAUGGCACCCGUAACGCUGACGAAUCUAUUGCCAUACGAAUUGAUGUAUGAGGCAGGUGUAGAAGGCGGCAGAAUUGCGCCUGGCUGCAACGCGGAUUUACAUUGCGCAAAUUUGAACGAGCAACUGGAAAUUACGAUUCAAUUAGAUGGUUAUCCAGGAUGUGGAGUAAUAAUACUGCCAUCAAACAGCUCUUCUUUCACCGCUCGUCUUAAAUUAUUGGAUUCUGCCAGCAGAAUGCUUUACCUACAGGCGACUGUGGCCAUAGAAAAAGGUGCCGCCGUGCAAAUCAACGUCACCGCACCUUAUUGGAUCAUAAACAAGACUGGCUUACCGUUGGUGUUCAGACAGGAGGGAGUCGCUAUCGAGGCGGCGGGACAAUUCGAGGAGCACGAGAGGGCAAGGAUGGUAGCGCCGUUGCUAUUCUCGUUCAGCGACGAGGAGGCCAGUAGAACUUUAUCGGUGAGGAUCGGAACGGAAGUUCAUCCUCAUGGAAUACCACAGUGGUCUCAGCAUUUUCAUUUGCAGCCCGGUAUUCACGUUCAUCGCUUGAGAAUCAGUUUGCGCGAUGGCAGACCCGAUAUAGUUUAUUUAAUUAGCGUGGCCACUCGUGCGGCAAGAGGAAGAUACAGAGCCACUACAGUGGUUACAUUAUCACCGAGAUAUCAAUUGCACAAUAAGUCAUCUUAUACAUUAGAGUUGGCUCAGAAAUGUUUUACGACGACUAUCUCUCACCCAAAUGCCCAGGCAACGUAUAUAACGACUAUGCCCGACUGUCACAUGCCUUUUCAUUGGCCACGACUCGAUAAAGAUUUAUUGCUCUGCGUCAGGAUCACCGACGUUAAGGAUUGCAUGUGGUCAGGCGGCAUCAGAUUGGAUGACAAUUAUUCAUUGACCAUUAACGUCAGAGAUAUAACAGGGAAGAUGCAUUUUCUACGUGUCGAUGUAGUGCUGCAGGAAACCACCUUCUUCGUUGUAUUCACCGAUGCCGAUACUAUGCCACCGCCUAUAAGAGUAGACAAUUUCUCGGAGGUUCCUUUGCUCGUUAAUCAGAUCGGAGUUCGCGACAAUCUGCAGUGGACCGUGAGACCCCAUUCAUCGGUACCAUACGCUCUGGACGAACCAAUAAAAACUGCCGGUUUAGUGCUGACAGCACCCGGAGGCGUGACAGCCUCUUACGAUUUAAAUAUAUUGGGAGAGGGUAGAGGACUGACUUACGAAAACUUUAUUUAUAUCGCAUUCACUGGCACCUUCAAAACUGAUACCGAUCUUGGUUCAGGCGAAAGCAAUUUAGAUCCGCUGGAUGUAGAAACUCAAAGAUUGGUCUUGGAAGCCGGUUCUGGCGGUUGGGUUGCCCUUCGGAGGAAACAGUACGGCGACAGAGCGCAACUUUGGAGAAUGACCGGCGAUGGACAGUUGCAGCACGAAGGCUCCAGUCCACCAAGGGACAAACAUUCGAAAGCUCCGGACACGAUAUUCGUUUUGGACAUAGCAGGCACCGCACCGCAGCCGUUCACCUAUUGCGCUCUCGCCCUGAGGAAGCCGGACCCCAGGCGACGAUCGACGCAGACCUGGCGGUUCACCGACGACGGACGUUUGUGCUGCGCGCAUAAGAAUAUGUGUGUUCAGUCGAAAGACGGCUUUAUGGGACUAUACGAAGGCGGCAGUGUCGCCCGUUGGCAAAUGUGGAGCGAAGCUGUACUGGGCCCACAGACACACGGUAAUCCACCGCCCAUCGAGCAACGUGUGGGUAGACAAAAGUUGCGACCGGGUUCUGGAUUCUUAUCGAUCAGAGUGACCACUGACGGCCCGACUCGCGUUCUACAAGUUUUGGACAUCAAGGAAAGGAAGAAAACGUUCGCUUUACUCGAGGAACGCGAUUGGUCGCACAUCGCCGUAAGUCAUCGGCCCACCCAGAUCGACGCCGAUAUUAAAAAAUUGGAUUCCAGCGAAUUAAAUCUGGAGCUGAACUUACCGACCGGCCUCGGAUUGUCCAUCGUGUCGCAGAGGCCGGUAGAAGAGCUGUUGUUCGCGCGGCUGGCUGCUAUCUCCUUAGAUCUCGUGCAGACCCCAUUGAACACCACGUUGGAUCUGAGCGUCGCCGACGUGCAAAUUGACAAUCAACUGUUCGAGGCGCAGUGCACCUCGGUCUUGUUUGUGACACGGUCGUCCCGCACGGAGGACGAGUACCGACCCGCUCUUCAUUUGGCGGUGGAGAAGUUACAAUCGAAGAAUCAGAAUGCCGAGAUAUAUAAACAUGUCAUAGUGAGUGUCAAGCCCCUGUGCGUGCACCUGGAAGAAAAAUUUAUCCUGAAACUGGCAGCGUUUCUCGGAAUUGGCAAGUCGGAGCUGGAAGUGCCAGUCGACGAGAACGAUUUCAAGGCGCAAAGAUUUAUUUCCGAGGUGUCCGCCGCACACGCCAAGAGAUAUUACUUUGGCGCUCUGAAACUCGUUCCGAAUCAAGUAAAACUCAGCGUGCUCACUACGACGAAAUUGCCACAUCAUCUGCAGGCUGUAAAGAGGAAAUUAGGAUUGACUUUAAUUAACUUUGAAAAUGCCACUAUCGAGUUGGAGCCGUUUGUUAAAAAACAUCCUUUCGAGAGCAGUCAAUUCCUAGUUCAUUCCAUCGUAAAGCAUUACAAAGAUGAGCUGAAGUGGCAAGCUGCAGUUAUUCUGGGUUCCGUCGAUUUCUUGGGAAACCCUCUUGGAUUCAUGAAUGACGUCACAGAAGGCGUUUCUGGCCUUAUCUACGAAGGCAGCGUGAAAAGUCUAGUGAAGAACGUCACGCACGGUAUUUCGAACUCGGCGGCGAAAGUGACGGAAUCUCUGUCGGACGGUUUGGGAAGAGUGAUUAUGGACGAAAGACACGAAGAGGCGAGGCAGAGAAUCCGGGCUAACACCACGGGAAGUAGCGACCACUUGGUAGCCGGUUUAAAGGGUUUCGGUUUCGGGCUACUUGGUGGUGUCACCAGUAUAUUUAAACAGACGUACGACGGAGCAACCAGCGAGGGUUUUCCAGGCUUCUUCGCGGGUUUUGGAAGAGGCGUAGUAGGCACAAUAACGAAACCCGUCGUUGGUGUCUUGGAUCUGGCAACGGAGACAGCUAGUGCUGUACGAGAGACAAGUAGAAGCGCUCAUCGCGCAAUACCAAAGCGUGACCGGCCGCCGCGUGUCGUCAGCGGUUCUACCGGAUUGCUACCGCCGUACAAUCGUCAGCAGGCUGAGGGCCAAGAGUUCCUGUACAGCAUUAACAAUCGCGACUACUCCGAGCUCUUCGUCGCCUACGAGUGUCUGUGCAGCGGCUCGGAGAACCUUAAAGUGCUGGUGUCCAACGAGAGGGUACGCGUCAUCUCGGGCGGCACGAAAGCGGUGGUGACCCAGGUCAGCUUGGCGGAUCUCCUGCGUUGCCAGCCGAUGCAAAAGGUUCAAAGCAACAACGUCAUUCUGCAUUACAUAGAGUUGAUAUCCAGAUUCGACUCGUCGGCCGCGGUCAAUCUCGACGGGUUGGCCGAAUUGCUGAGACGGCCGAAGGUGCGCUGCGACAACGAAGAGGUGGCGAAGCGGGUAUCGCAGCAAAUAAAUUAUGCCAAGGGGAUGCACGAAGAGCGAAGUUUGACGUUGUCGUCGUCGGAUAACAUGUUGGACGACGUGCAGCACUACAAGUAAUCGAACGCACGACCACAGUUCGAUCUUAUUUCUGACGCGUUUCCAGGAUAUUCUCUCUAGUCAAAUUUUUAACUUUAUCUCGUAGAACGCACGAGAAUCGGUAAUGCCUUAGUUAACGACGCUUAACGUUAAGUUUACAAGAAGACUGAUACGAAUUAUCAUAAAAGUAAUAAUUGCUCGUCAAUAUAUAUAAAUGAGACGCAUAAAAAUCGUUCGAGCAUAAUCAAAUUCUAAUUUCGCGUUUUGCAACUGCGGUACAGAUGGCAUAGAAACUUUUUUGAUACGGAUCGAUAAGGUGUAAAAAAAGCGUAAAGUAGUCAUAUAGGAGAGAUUUUCUAAUCGUGUACAUAUGUAAUACGUGUACAUACAUGUACAAUUCUACGCGCGUGCAGGAUGUUCCGGAAUCACCGUUCUCGAUGAGGCUGUCUCUUUACAGUCAAUCUUCAGCGAAAGUCACAAAUGAGAAAUUUUUUACCUCAGUAAUGGAGCUACGUAUUUUAUUAUGUGCUUCGAGUUUUAACUACUUGUAAUUCAAGAUCGGCGCUUUCAAAAAAGUAGAUUUUUCUUCUAUGUCGGUUCGGCGUCCAGGACGCAAAGAUUUUGGGACGCGUCGUGUCUGUGUACAUAUAUAGGUAUUAAUGGAAUCGUGAAUUACUUAUUUACGAAGGGAUGACCUACUUAAAACGCAAUACUUAGAACCAAAGCAUGCUUUUAGUAUAUACAGUGUGUACAUUCAAGUAAAUACAAAUAUCGUAGCACGUGUUCAUUCUUUUAUAUAUAUAUAUACAUAUCUGUUUUUAGUUGCGCACAUCUUUUAGCCGUUUGCACAUUUCAUUUUGCAAUGUCUCAAAUGUACUUUGUGUACAGAAAACAGUCCUCGCGUAUGUACGAACACACAAUGUGUAUAACAAUUAACGAACGUGUAAAUCUGUACAAAUGCAUAGAUUAAGUCAGCUGUAUAUUUAAGUACUUUUGUAAAGCUGGCGUACGAGAUGUGAAGAUAAUAUAUGUUUGUAAUAUACAUAUACAUAUAUAUAAAAUGUUGAUACUUGUUAAGCAGAUUAAUAAAUGUUACAAGUAUGACAGUGAAGUUGGAGACAAAAGGA